AUCAUCAGUUCACCAAGUUCUCUUCUAGCUUCAGCAAGCCCCAAACCAAACCCUUAAACUUCAAAAUGUUCGCCAAAGUGAUUGUCCUCGCUGCCGUAGCCAUUGCUUGCGCUAACGGAAAGCCGCUGGUCGCUGCUCCGGUCGUGGCCGCUGCUCCAGCUGUAGUGACUGCCCAGAGCUCUCAGGUCAUUGCUCGUAACUAUAACGGAAUCGCUGCGGCUUACACUGCCCCACUAGCUGCUGCCUAUACUGCUGCUCCAGUUGCUGCUGCCUACACUUCCCCGUUGGCUGCUGCCUAUACUGCUCCAUUUGCCUCCGCUGCCUACACUGCUUACAAUGCUGCUCCAUACGCUGCUGCCUACACUGCUUAUAACGGUGCUCCAAUCGCUGCUGCCUACACUGCUUACAACGGUGCUCCAGUCGCUGCUGCUUACACCGCUGCUCCAGUUGCCGCUGCCUACAGCGCCUACCCUUAUGUUUUUUAAAAAAUCAACACCCUUUUUCCUUUCCUGAAUAAAUUGCACCCCUUGCAAAACCUGA